AUGUUUAAUAAUGGAUGUGCACGAUCUGGUUUGAUUGUUCUUCCAUGUGGUGCUGGAAAAUCUUUAGUUAGUAUUAC